AAAGGGAAAAAAAUCAAGUCGAUCACGUUUGCUGAUUGGUUGGAUUCACCGUGGAAAUGUGAGUUGUCAUGUUUCAGUGAUAAAUUAUAAAACAACUUAUUAACCAAGGAGCGCCUGCAGGUCUCAACUCCAGUCCCAGACUCAUCCAGGAUUCCUCGUUAACAUUCUCUACCUUUUCCGUCCUUUGCCAUUUCUACCGUCCGUUUCUUGGUCAUUUUUUGCACAGACCACCUGCCUCUUGUGUUUAAUUGCAAUAUAGAUGAUAACUUUACCAAACUUCGAUAUUUUCCAGCCUUCUUCACAGACGACAGAGGGACUAAACCAGUGCCUCCGACUGGUAUAGAAAUGAAUGAAAUUCGUGAAAUUGGCAAUGUCUUUAGUACCCCCCCUGGCAUCGAGUUCACUAUUCAUCCAGGUAAUGAAAUAUUUGGUUGGCAGGGGGGGGAUGUUGAUAUCACAAUGGUUAGUGCAUGAGUCUGGACUUCAUUGCCUGAUUGUAACGUCAGAUGUGUCUGAGACGAGUGCUUCCAGUUUGACUCGUCCAGAAUGCUGUAGUUUUUCUCCAGGUACUCUUGUAGGAACACUUGGAGAGUAAGGUAUGUUCCGUACUGACCCUCAGGGAAGAACAGUUUAGAACUGAUAGAAUUACCAACUUUAAAUGAAGUUUAAUAGCUAAGUUGAGCUUAUUCUUGCAAAACGGGAUCAAAGAAUGUUUUUAAUCUUUUUCUAGGUUUGAAACGGAUCCUAAAAGGUCGUCGAAAUAUGAUGGACGAGGGUCACGUGGACUGGGCAAUUGGCGAGGCGCUGGCUUUUGGUUCGUUAUUGAAGGAGGGGAUACAUGUGAGGCUGAGUGGUCAAGAUGUUGAACGAGGGACAUUUAGGUAUGUUGGGGUCAACGCCCUAGAACCUUGUAGUAAUGAUGUAGUAAAUUAACGAGUUAUUCCUUUUUAAGCCACCUUUUCUUUUUCUAGCCACCGUCAUCAUGUUUUACACGAUCAGAUACGCGACAAGGUGACAUACGUUCCUCUUGAUCAACUCUCAGAAAAUCAAGCCAAAUAUAUCGUCUGCAAUAGUUCAUUGUCAGAAUAUGCUGUGUUAGGUAGGUUGUCAUGCAAAUCUUUGGUUUUCAACCUAUUGCUGGGGAACCAACAUUUCAUCUUCAGGGGAAAAUGUUUGCCAAGGGGCAAGCGCGAUUAUUGUUCCGCAAACAGUUCGUUGUUCUCAACUUUUGAAGGCAGUGCUGGCUGCAGACUACUUUCAACCUGUGUGACACGUGUUUUAGGUUUUGAACUUGGUUACAGUAUGACCAAUCCAAAUUCUCUGGUCUGUUGGGAAGCGCAAUUCGGUGACUUCAACAACACAGCCCAGGUAUGAUACCGUGUCUUUAUCAUACUGUGUCUUUGAUAUUACAUAACGCAGUGCAAAGCAUUAAUAUUCUUCUUCUCGAAUCUAGUGUAUUAUUGAUCAGUUCAUCAGCAGUGGCCAAGAUAAAUGGAUCAGACAAAGUAACAUCGUCCUGUUACUCCCGCAUGGCUUUGAGGGAAUGGUGAGUUUAACACUUCGGCCUUACCUCAAUGUUACUCCCACAUGGCUUUGAGGGAAUGGUGAGUUUAACACUUCGGCCUUAGCUCAAUGUUACUCCCGCAUGGCUUUGAGGGAAUGGUGAGUUUAACACUUCGGCCUUACCUCAAUGUUACUCCCGCAUGGCUUUGAGGGAAUGGUGAGUUUAACACUUCGGCCUUACCUCAAUGUUACUCCCGCAUGGCUUUGAGGGAAUGGUGAGUUUAACACUUCGGCCUUACCUCAAUGUUACUCCCGCAUGGCUUUGAGGGAAUGGUGAGUUUAACACUUCGGCCUUACCUCAAUGUUACUCCCGCAUGGCUUUGAGGGAAUGGUGAGUUUAACACUUCGGCCUUACCUCAAUGUUACUCCCGCAUGGCUUUGAGGGAAUGGUGAGUUUAACACUUCGGCCUUACCUCAAUGUUACUCCCGCAUGGCUUUGAGGGAAUGGUGAGUUUAACACUUCGGCCUUACCUCAAUGUUACUCCCGCAUGGCUUUGAGGGAAUGGUGAGUUUAACACUUCGGCCUUACCUCAAUGUUACUCCCGCAUGGCUUUGAGGGAAUGGUGAGUUUAACACUUCGGCCUUACCUCAAUGUUACUCCCGCAUGGCUUUGAGGGAAUGGUGAGUCUAACACUGCGGCCUUACCUCAAUGUUACUCCCGCAUGGCUUUGAGGGAAUGGUGAGUCUAACACUACGGCCUUACCUCAAUGUUACUCCCGCAUGGCUUUGAAGGCAUGGCAAGUAAAUAGGUUACUACAAUUCUUCUUCUUUAACUACAAACGAUAGUAAAUUUCUCUUGUUUAUCUUCUCUUCUUCUAGGGACCAGAACAUUCCAGUGCUCGUCCUGAACGUUUCUUACAGAUGAGCAAUGAUGACCCUGACUGGUUUCCU